AUUCUCCUUCAAAGAAAACGGGGCUGGGGAUGUGCUGUUUCGCCAUUGAUGGUUAAAUUUAUGAUAUUCCUUGAAAUCGGGGAAAAUGACUGAUAAAUUAUCAUCAUUCUUCUUAAAGGUUCAAGCAGUUGAAGAAUCUUUUCUACAACUAGGUGAAUCUGACAGAGAGAAGGCUAUCACCAUCCUUUCCUCGUCCAUUAAAAAAUUACAAACAUUACUUGGUUGUACGGUCAUCCAACAAGUUAAAAAAACAGUUUUAUGCUUAGAAAAAAACAAGGAAACGGAGCAUACAAAUGAUGAUUUGGAUUUCGAUGAUGAUGCUGAAUGCACAGAAAGUUUUUUUGAGGACCCUGAAACAAAUGAAAAACCGAUAGAAUUUACUCCAACAGAAAAUGUCUCUAAGAAGGAAAAUAAGGUUGCCAAGGAGACAAGAAAACGUGGAAAGGGAAAUGGAAUUAGUACAAAUAGCGUUAACCAGCAAAAGAGGAAGACGAAAUAUCAACUCCAAAAACAGAACCAAAAGCAAAACAAUCGAAAGUUAUUCUAUUGUUCGGAAUGUGACGAAACCCUGACGCAUCCCCGGUCCAUUAGAAACCAUAUUAAUGUACACGGAGAGCAGCCCAUGAGUUGCCUUAAAUGUCAUAAACUGUGUCAAAAUAUCGUAGAAUUUCAAUAUCACGAUUGUCUAUCCGUGUCUCGGAAAACAGAUCCAGCAUGCUCAGAAUGCGGGAACUUGUUUAAAUCCGCAAAAACUUUAAAAAAACAUCUUAAAAAAUGCCUCAAGCUUAAACACAAGAAGUACGAAUGUUUUAUUUGUCAAAAAAGGUUUACGAAAAAAUCAGCCAUGUUUUCUCAUCUCAAAAUUCACGCUGGAGACAAAAUGGUUUGUCAGAAAUGUGGAGUCUUUUGUGACGAUUUUGAGCAAUACACGGAACAUAUGAGUAACCAUGACGACAAGGCUCCAUUUAAAUGCGAUAAAUGUGAUCAGACUUUUACGAGAGUUCAGCAGUAUAAUCAACAUAUGGCUGGACAUGAGAGAUACAACUGUAGUCAGUGUGUCCAGUCUUUUUCCAGUAAUGAAAAGCUGCAGAAGCACGAACAUGAGGAGCAUAAUUUAUCUGCGUCGAUACCAGAAGAUAAAAGUCACGUAUGUGACGUUUGUGGGAAAAUCUUCGUGAAACCAGGACAAUUAGUCGUACAUCAAAGACUUCAUACAGGAGAGAAACCUUUGGAAUGUUCAUUCUGUCAACUUUUCUUCCGAACUACCAGAUCAUUACUAAAACAUAAAGAAACGUAUUCUCACUGUGCUCGAGCUGGCGUUACUAAAGACAGACAUUUUCUCUGUUCUCAGUGUGGUAAAUCGUUUUUCAGGAAACAGACGUUGAAGCGCCAUCUACGAUGCCAUACAGGAGAGCGUCCACAUAUGUGUCAGUACUGUGGCUAUAAAACAAGUGAACUCAAUAAUCUGAAACGACACGUUGUUCACCAUUUUAAAGGUCAGCGGAAUUUUAUUUGUGAAAUCUGCGGAGAUGCCUUUCACACCAAGAAAACCUUAGAGAGUCACCAUAUUCACAGGCACAACGAGGACCGAAAUUUUACGUGUUCCGAAUGCGAAAUGUCGUUUAAAUCAAAAAGCGGCUUAAACAGACACAGUAAAACGCACUCCAAGACAAAAGAACAUAAAUGUUGGUGUGACGCGGCAUUUGGUAGACUUUAUAAUUUAAGACGACACAUGCGUAGCGUUCACGGUAAUGAUAGUGCCUUACCCCCCGUGAGAAAAAUAGCUGUGUUAGAUCAGACCGAUCCUGUUGAUGAUGUCGGAAAAUCAUUGACGCAAAAUACUGAGAAAUACGACGAGAGCCAAUUGGUGCCAUGUAUUCAGGAGGAAAAUAUGAUGAAUAAUUGUCUACAGAUGUCUGAAGCUUACCAACAACAUCAUAACAUGGCUAAUCACAUGACUCUCGAUACCCAGGGUAUGGUUUACGAUAAUAUGGCCCCUGCUCAAUCUAUCGUCGGUUACCCUAAUACGUCACAUGUAGUAGGUGUCGAUCAUCAACGUCCUCCAGAUUAUUAUCAGAGUAAUAUGCCCAUGAUGGAUAAUAUGACGCCGGCACCUGAUUAUAGUAAUCCCUGUAUGUAUAUACAGAAUGUAUUAUUACCCACAGUUGCUGGUCUUUUAGAUUUAUCUCAUGCUGGAAAAUAAGCACAUUAGUAAGAUCAACAAGGAAGAAUCCUAUUGAAUUUCUGUGAUUUUUAUACACCCACAUUGAAAUGUGGGCGCAUAUUGUCCUCACCCCGACCAUCCAUUUACUUCCAGAGUUAUGGCCCUUGAUCACUUUGUGUAAUAACUUCCAGAGUUAUUUCCCUUGAUCUCUGUAUAGUGAGUGUUCACAAGAUUCUAUAUGGCCACAGAUCACUAAUGAUUUCCCCAUUGACUUUAAUGUUAAUUCUCGUCUCUUAGACCGGCUCCAACUUUUUCCCAAAUUUUCGUUGGGUAGAACGUUUUCUACCACAGAUGGAGCAACAUGUGGCAAACUCUUGCCGAAAAGCAUGUAUGAGGUUCACCAUGAAAAACUUGAGAUACACAAGCUGGAAGUAGAGACAAGUAAACAUGCAAUUUUCAGCCCUACAUGUACAUUUCAACCUAACCAACCUCUCAACUCUUGUAUCCUUCCGCCUCAAAAUCAUGAAUAUUCAUCCAAAACCUGGCAGAAAAUGCAUUUACAAACCCUUUUCUUCGAUUCUACACCAAAAAGUCAACAAAAAUCGCCAUGCAAAAGGGGGAAAAAGGGAAAGGGAGAGAAAGACUAAAAAUAACUUUCGCCCUACAUUCGUGAUUGACGGCGUAGACAUAUUUGGUGAGCUCUGUCCAAUAUGGUCGACCCUACUCCUUGUCACGUACAACUAGGGAAUCGAAACCACGCCAGUUGACUCAAUGAUACAGCCCGCACGUGCUAACCAUUCGGCCAUCCAACCCCCCUCCACAUGGGUGACCGCUAUGUACAUACAACCAUAUUUCAAUGGGAGCAUAUAAAAUGGUCCAAAUAUUAAACAUUUUAAUUUUUAAUUGACUUAGAAUGUUCAAAUUGUAAAUCAUUAUUCAAUGUGACUUCGACCUACAUUUAUAAUAUCACAUAAAAGACAAAAUCAGGAUCCCUUUUAUCUAGUCAACGAAUUAUUGUAUUAAAUUAUUGUUAUUUAACCAUAGGUUAUUAUUAUUGUAUCAAAUUCUUGUCAUAUAACCAUGCACUAUUAUUGUAUUGAACUUUUGUCAUAUAACCAUGAAUUAAUAUUGUAUUGAACUCUUGUCAUAUAACCAUAGCUAUUGUAUAAAUGUAUGUAACUCUUGUCAUAUAAAACUAAGGUAAUUAUGGUGUGUUCCCACUUUCUUAAAACUAUACUCUGUUUAACAGUAGUCACUCAAGAACUGUUCACUAGUGUUCAGCGUUAAUGACAGGGCUGAGGCCAUUACAUUGCCAAUGUAAUUAAUUACAUUACCAUUACUUUUUAAAUGUAAUCAUUACAAUUACUUUCUCAUUUUUAGCAAUGUAAUUAAUUACUAUUACCCAUUACAAUGAAAGUAAUUAAUUACCAUUAACUUAAUGAGCUCGUAAUCCCUCUUAACAAAAUUUAUUAACCAACUUAAUAAAACAAGAACAAUCUUAUGUCGAAAUCACCAUUUCACAGAUAUUAUUUGGUGGUACCAAAAGGCCUCGAGUUAAGAAAUAUUGACAACUUGAUACAAGAAUUGACCAUUUGAAAACACAGUUAUUAAAUGGCACUUAAGUGUAAAUCAGUAUGGAACAAAUAUUUCCUAUUUAGUGGGGCUGUAAAAUGAUUGUUAUGUUGAAAGGCAUUUAUUUAUAAAUUAUAUAAUGCUAUUUAAUAAACGUUAAAUGUGUAAAUUGUAAUGCAUUUUUAUAUGUGUAAAUUAUUUAAUGUUAUUUAAUAAAUGUUAAAUUUGUUAAAAUCAAUACAUUAUUAUAUGUGUAAAUUAUUUAAUGUUAUUUAAUAAAAGUUAAAUUUGUUAAAAUCAAUACAGUUUUAUUCUUAAAAAAGAUAUGGACUAUAGUUUAUAACACCAUUGUUCUAGGAUUAACUCUGGAUUAGCGGCAAAAUUUGACAUCAAAGCAAAGUGGGAACACCCCGUAAUUAUUUACAUGUAUUGAACUCUGGUUAUACAACCAUGGAUUAUUAUUGUAUUGAACUCUUGUUAUACAACCAUGGAUAAAUAUUGUAUACAUGUAUUGAACUCUUGUUAUAUAAUCAUAGAUUAAUAUUGUAUACAUGUAUUUAACUCUUGCUAUUUAACCAUGAAUUAUUAUUAUAUAUAUAACCAUGAAUUAUUAUUAUAUACAUGUAUUUAACUCAUGUUAUAUAACCAUGGAUUAAUAUUAUAUACAUGUACCAUGAAUUAUUAUUAUAUAUAUGUACUGUGAAUUUUUAUUUAACUAUUGUCAUAUACAUAUUACAUGUGCCAGAAUCAAAACUAAAGUUAUAUUUAAC